CGGAGUGGGGGGGUGGUUGAGUGGGGGGGUGGAUGCUUGUACUGUGCAUCUGGAGCUUCUGCUGCUAGCCACGUUUGUGCGCCCUCUCCCUCCAUCUGUGGGCUCCCACACCCCUUUGUGCCUUCAUUACCAUCACGCUCCUGCGCCAGGGCAGGAAAAUGACGUCCCGGUGAGUGAGUGCGGACGGAGAGAAGAGCACGACGCGCGGCCACGUUCCAGCCUGAGAGGGAGAGGGAAGAGGGAAGGCGACGGGAGCCGGAGCGGAGCGGAGCCACGGUUCGCCAUUCCGUGUCAUCUUUUUCUCCAAAGAUGUCAGCGACGUCUGGGAGUGAGGCUGCUCUGGAAUCCGUUCGCUGCCGUGGUUAGGAGACCGUGUUCCGCCGCGGCCGUGGGUCGACCGGACCGUGCAUCAGCCCCGUCCUCUACCUGUGCACCAGUAACGUCUGCAGGUUUUGUGUCACUCCCAGGACUGAACACUAGUCCAGUCAUUCAGAACCAGGAUCCAGUUGAGUCCGUACCAUGGCCUGUUGUCAGAUCGACCUCAUAACGAAGAAAGAAUGAAAACACGGACACACAAGGAAUCGAUGCCGAUGCGCAGUGGCCGACGGCGGGGGGCGAGUGAGGAGAGGAGGGGGAGACGCCCACACCCCAGCCCCACUCGGCCUGAGCGCAACGACAGACAGGCGCAAAGAGGUGCUGUUGAGGAGUUGGCUGGAAAUCGCUUCAGUCGCAGAUCACAAGGGCAUGAUUCAUCAGAGAGUGAGGGGGAGGAACUCGUGUCUCCUCCGAAGAGGCAGAAAGUCCAGGAUUCGGUCUCUGCACCAAACCCUCCAACAUCAACACACUCCACUGACAGCUUGGCUCCUUCCACCGUCCCACCUUCAACCUCAGUUGCCAGCCAAUCCCGUGAAAGUGACAACGAGGAUGGCCAAUCCCAGGGCAGCAGGAGUUCAGUGGUGGGGAGCCUGGCCAAUAGCAGCAGCAGUCUGAGCAGCGGGCGAGACAUAGACCAGGACAAUCGAUCCUCAUCCCCGAGCCUCUCUGCCUCCCCCCUGGGCAGCCUGGACUCUGAUUCUGACGGGCCGGAUUCACCAAAGCACGGAGAGAGGGAACGGGACAAGAACAAGGAGGAGAGUGUGGGGAAGGUGACAGGGGAGGAGCGGAGGUUGUUACGAGAGGGGCGAGGGGAGGACUCCCGUGGAGAUGGAGAAAAGCGAGAUGUGGAUGCAAGAAUUGAAGAGUGUUCCCCUCUGAAGCCCCCCUCCACCCCCUGCUCCUCCUCUAGUCUGACCCCCACUCUGCGUGGAGCGGAGGACUCGUCCAGUGACAGCAAUAACGGGAGGAAGUCCUAUUUUGGCCUGGACUCCAAACUGAUGUGUAAGGUCGACUACGGUCGGCUAGGUGGCGCUGAUUCGGCUCUCGGCGGAAACCGAAUCAAUUCCAAAGCCGGCGCUCAGUGUGUGAUCAAGACGGCGAUCUCCACUGGGGAGUUCUCCCAUCACAGCCCCAACAUUGCACACUCCCUGCCCCCUCCCCUGCCACCUCCACCUGCUCUGAAGCCCUUGGAGAUCGGGGCUCAAACCCUGCCCGCUGAGGUGAAGACGGAGCGGGACAAAGCAGAAAAAGCAGACAAGCUCCUGGACAAGGCUCAGACCACGCCCCCCUCACUGCUGCCACAGACGGGCCCCCAACCACAGGCUCAGCCUCAGACGCAGUCCUCUACCCACACUCACCAUUUCAGCACCACCAGCUGGCAGGGUGGAGCAGCGACCGGUUGCCAGGGAAGCUGGGGCUACAACCGUUACCCCGGCAACCACAACCCCCACCACCCACAGCACCAGCCCCCGGUCCAACAGCAGCAACUUCCUUCUGUUUACAACCCUCCGUCCUCCCGUCACUCCUCCUCCCUCCCCGCCUACCUCCCUCAUCCUCACCCCCACAGGGAGUACCUCCCCAGGUAUGCUGGAGGGGGAGGAGACAAGGAGAGGGGGGCUGCAGGAGAGAGGGAGCGGGGCAUUAGGGUGGAGAGCGGUGGGAGAGAGUUCCCUCCUCCCAUCAACAACAACAACAACAACACUGUUGGGGGGGGCAGUGGUGGGCCCAACAACAUACAGACCAGGGACUUUGGGGGGUUGCCGGGUCAAAACCGAGAACUGCAGAGCUCCAGCAGAGAGGGUCCGAACCUGGGUCCUGACAGAAGAGACUUUGGUCCUGGGUCCUUCAGAGACAGGGACAAGGAUCAGGACGGAGGACGAGAGUUCCCUCUGUCCAGCCAAGGUCAGAGAGACUUCGGUCCAAAUGGAGCUGGGGGGGGGCACGGGAGAGACAAAGACACAGGCAGGUGGGGUGAGUUUGGGGGGCACGGGAGGGAGGUUGUAGGUAACAGUAACACAAACAACAGUUCCAUUUCCCAGGGGAACCCCCCAAGCUCAGCCAAUGGACUUCCUGUCACCCCCCUGCUCAACCGUGACCCACCUGCCUCACCCCAAAGUAAUUCCAGCCACCCCUCCCAUUCCCCCCUGCCUCCCCAUUCUCACCCACAUCCCCUAAAUUCAUCCAUUCGAGAAUUCCCCGCUUUAGUCAACCAGGCACAAACUGCCCCCCCCGGGGCCGAUCACUUUCACAGAGAAUACCCUCCUACGGGGGCCAAAGACUUUCCUGCUGCAGCGCCCCCUUCUGCCAGCACAAACAGGGAGUACCUCAGCUCCCCGGGGGUGAAUCCAAACCUGGGGCGAGAGUACCCAGCUCCGGGGGGGGGGCAGCACUCUCACCCUCACUCACACCUCCACUCGGCAUCAAGGGACAGAGAGAGGGACUCGAACAUUCAGGAGGCUGCUCUGUACCAAACCCGCGGAGGCCCAAACCAACCUCCCGCCCUCUCUCCUUCCUCCUCGGCAGCUCAUCACGUCCACCCGUCCAGCGCCCCCUAUCCUCCUCCACAGCCUCAGCCUCCUUUAGCCCCCCCUCAGAACCCCCACCCCCCGCCACCUCCAUCCACCAUGACGUCCGGUGUUCGCCCCCAACACUACCAACCCUCCACCCAGACUCCGCCCACACCUCAUUCCCCCUUAUCCAGUCCGUCCACCAAUCAGAUCGGAGGAUACUCCUCGUUUCCUUCCGGCUCCAACUCUGCCCCCAGCAUACCUAUUCCUGGGGCAGUUGUGUCGUCCAGCUGUUCCCCAGGUUGCCGCCCCUCACCUUUUCACGGCACUUUAACCAACCACCCUCCGUUCAGUGGAGCGUACCACGCUAAUGGCAGCAACGUUAGCAACGUCGGUGUUGCUAACAGUAACGCCAACGCCCAGUCGCUCUCGCCUCAUAACGUGUCCAAAGGACCCCCUCCUCUAAAUAACCCUGCCAACAACAGUGUCUCCAACGCUGCCCCUAGUGGAGACGGCCGUCCAGAUUCGGGCCCCCCUCCCGCACCUGUGAUCAAGGAGGAACCAAUAGAAGAAAGAGAAGAGACGGAGAGUCCUCCACCGAUGCUAAGAAGCCCGUCUCCUGAACCCAAAGUUGUGGACGUGCCCAUCCAUGCCAGCCAGUCUGCCCGGUUCCACAAGGUCCUGGACCGUGGGAGUGGGAACUCCUGUGCCCGCAGUGACGUCCUCUUCGUCCCUCUGGACGGUUCCAAACUGUGGAAGAAGAGGAACGAAAUCAUUGAAAGAGCCCGCAGGGAGGUGGAGCAGAGGGCGAGAGAGCUGAGGGAAAAGGAGAGGCAGCAGCGAGCUUGAGAGAGGGAGCGGGAGAGGGAGAGGGAGUUGGACCGACACCUACAGCAGCAAAAAGACAUCAACAAUGCUGGCGGGGGGCGCCAAGGUUCCUCCCUCUUCUUUCCCUCCUCCUCCUCGAUUAUUCUUGACCCUUCGUCCUCCUCCUCCUCAGGCAACCCCGUUUCCCACCCUCACGCUCACGCUCACGCUCACUCUCACGCUCAGCAUCACCACUCACAUCCUCACGCGCACCUUCCUGCAGCUCAUCACCUCCACCCCUCCCUCUCUCACUCUAUUCCCCACUCCAUCCUCCUACCGUCCAUGGGUGGGGCCUCAGCACUGGUCGGCGGCCCACAGGGGGCCUUGGGUAUCGGCCUGGGAGGGCCCUACCUGGGCCCAGACACCCCGGCGCUGAGAACCCUGAGCGAAUACGCCCGUCCUCACGCAAUGUCCCCGCUGGGAGCUGCGGCCCGGGCCCAGGCCCACCACCAGCAGGUCCAUCACGGACACCCCCACGUCCACCCCUCAUUCUUCCUUCCACAGAUCCCCAAUCACGGCCUGGGCCACCCCCACCACCUGCCCGCCGACGCGGCCACAGCAGCAGCCAUCCUGGGUUUUUUAUACGGCGGUGGUCUUGAAGGGGGCCACGGGGUGGGUGGUCAUCCAGGGGUGGCGGGAGGCCACUUACCCGGAGGGAUCGGGGGGGCGGGCUUGGCAGGAGUGGGUUUUCCUCAUGCCAUGGCUGCACACCGAGAUCGGAUAAAACCGGGGUUUGAGUUUAAGAGCGAUGAGCGGAUGUACCCCCCGGGGUCAAUCCACGACCCCUCGGCCCUGGCCCUCGCUCACUCACACUCGCACGCCCACGCCCACGCCCACGCCAGCUCUCACGUACACGCUCAUUCACUGCUCCUUGGAGGAGGCUCGGGGGGAUCCAAUGAGGUAUCCCUCUACAGCACCCCUCCCCCCUCGGCUCCACCCGGACCCCAGCACCUUCAGAACCCAACCCUGACUUCAGUGACCCGACCUCCCAACCCCCCCGCUCCACAGUCCUUAUCCAAUCCUCCUCCUUCAUCCAUCCUCCCACCUUCACUCCCCUCUCACCCGUCAUCGGCGCAAUCCGCUGCCCCCCCAGUCCCGGCCGCCCCUGCUGCUCCUCCACCAGCAGCUCCUCCUCCUCCACCUGCUCCUCCGACCUCCAACGCCAACACUCUUCAUCACCCGGUCCCUCAGUCUUCUUUUCCAAGCUCCCUGUCCUCUCACCUGCCCCCGGCCCCUGCUCCGGCAGCUCCCCCGGAGACCUACCCCACCCCCAGCCGCUCACCCGCCUCGUAUGAGCGAGACAGGAGUGGGGAACGAGAACGGGAGCGGGAGCGAGAGCGGGAGCGGGACAGAGCGGCGGUGCCGCCCUUUGGGGGGAGAGAAAGAGAACGAGAAAGAGAGAGAGGAAGAGGGGGAAAAGGAAACGGAGGAGGAGGAAACGGAGGAGGAGGAAACGGAGGAGGAGGCGGCGGGGGAAGUGGAGGAGGAUCAGGUGGAGGAAGUGGAGGAGAGAAUCUGGGACGUCUUCAGAUGCUCAACGUGACACCUCAUCAUCACCAGCACUCGCACAUCCACUCGCAUCUCCACCUGCACCAGCAAGACACAGCGGCGGGCGGGGUUCACCCCCUGAUGGACCCGUUGGCGUCAGGGUCUCCUUUGGCACGCCUCCCAUACCCAGGAGCCACACUGGGCACCCCCAUUCUGGCUCACCCCCUCACUGACAGUGAGGUGCUUCGCCAACAGCUGUUCGGUGAGGAGAAGGCUCCACGUCCAUGUGCUCCUUUCCGUGACCUGCCCCAGCCCGCCUCCCUCACUGGUCCGAUGUCGGCAGCGCACCAGCUGCAGGCCAUGCAGCAGGCCCAGAGUGCAGAGCUGCAGAUCCAGAGACUGGCCCUGGAACAACAGUGGAUCCACCACCACCACCACCACUCCCUCACCCAGGACGAGUACUACAGUCACCUGAAGAAAGAAAGUGACAAGACCCUGUGAGGGAGGGGCACCACGAAGAGCGGCAUGGACACGAACCGAGGCUGUGUGUGUGCGUGCGUGUGUGUGUGUGUGUGUGUGUGUGUGUGUGUGCGCAUGCCUGCAAAAUUCUGGGCAAAACAAAACAAACGAGUCGAGCUAACGACGCGGACUGACAGGAGAGUUAAAGACUCAAACCUGGACGAACGGAAAUGAAAAACUGUAAACGAUGUUGAAGAGAGACAGAGGAAGGACGACGUCA